GAGAAGUGAACAGAUAUGGCUUCUGCCUCUUUCAAAGACGAUUUGACUUGUUCAAUUUGUCUGACAAUUUUUACCGAUCCGGUCACUCUUCUCUGCGGCCACUCUUUUUGCAGAAAAUGUCUGACAAGCUUUUGGGGGACACAGCACCAAUGUCCGCAAUGUAUGGCGUCGCUCGCCCGCACCGAGGAAGGUUUACGUACGAACUUGCUCUUGCUCAGUCUUGCUGAAAGAGCCAAACAAACAGACGUGAUCGACAAAGAGCACAUUACAGCAAAGGCUGAGGUUGCUGACAUGUGUCCGGAGCACGAUGAGAAGCUGAAACUAUACUGUGUGACCGACCAGCAGCUGACUUGCAUCAUAUGUCGAGAUGGCGAGCGACAUGAAGGACACACUUUCAAACCCAUUAAGGAAGCAAGCGCAUCUCUGAAGCGGGAGCUGGAAAAGCGACUGGACCGCAUUCCUGGAGACAUAAAAACUUUGGAGCGGUUGUUCAACACUCAGGCGGAAAAUCUAAAUGCAACUAAGGACAGGUCUUGUCAACUGGGGAGCCAAAUCAGUGCGCAGUUUGAGGAGCUGCACCAGUUUUUGCGAAAAAGAGAGGAGAAGCUGAAGAAUGAGGUGACACGCCAACAAAACGUUGACGUGGAGCAAAUGACCAAGAUGCUGAAUGCUAUCGAGGCGGAGCUGUCCCAGAGUAGAGCCCUGCAGGCGAAGGCUGUCUCCGUUCUGGCAAUUUCCGACCCCGAGACGUUUCUCAAGGGCUGGGCCAAAGGCAACAACGUCAUGCUUCAAGGAGCAUCCCGACCAAAAGCAAGUGAUCUCUCGGUCGUGGAAACCUCGCUUUCCCUGGGACCUUAUGAGAGUCACCUCAAGUUUUUUGUCUGGAAAGAGAUUUUUCAGGUGAUCGAGCCUCGAGAAGUGCAGCUCACGCUCAAAGGGGAGGAGUCCCAGACCAAUCUGUCUGUGGACAGACGCAGUGUGCUCCACAGGACCAACUUUCGAAGUCCAACUGCAGUUCCCCGAAAACCGAGAUACACGGCCUCACGGAAUCUUUCGCAGCGAGAGCCUCAAAAAAACCCUCCAUCAUGGUCCUACCUGGAACGUUUCACUCCUUGGUAUCAUGUAUUUGCCACCAGCGCGAAUGUGUUCACUUCAGGGCAGCACUACUGGGAAAUAGAGGUGGGCCAGAUUGGCCAAACUGGCUUUUGGGAAGUGGGCAUACAGGAUCAUAUUCUCACAUUUGACGAUGGAGAGCUUUUCACCGAUUGUCCAGAAGGAGAAACUCUGCUCACUCUCCAGAGCAUCCCACGAAAGAUCGGGAUCUAUCUGGACCUCUCGUCCCAGAAGCUUUCUUUCUACGAUUCAACCAAUAUGGCACACAUUCACACGGUCAGCACGAAAAGCUCUCGAGCAACAUCAAUGUCAGCAAUGCUAAAAAUGAAUUACACAACCCCAAAUAUCCUCCCUUUUACAGUGUGCUGGUAUUAAAGCACGUUUGGGUAAAACCCACCACAGAAAACAGAAUUCAAAAUACCCUUCUUUGACACUUGUGGAGUUGCAUGACGCAACAGCAAUUCCAAUAUCAUUGAUGUCCAUCCAUCCAUCCAUCCAUUCAUUUUCUGAUCGGCUUCAAAUCAAUAAAAAAAAGUUUUAAAGUGUUGUUCUUAAUUGUCCCAUCACAUUUUC